AUGUAAAAUGAAGGUUAUUCUACAAAUUUAGAAAAAACAAUAACCAUUUUAUAGAACGAUAAGAAAUAUUUGUAAAAUGAAAAUGAAAAGUUGAAGUAAAUAUUAAAUGAAAUUUAGAAUCUAAUUAGAAGAGUCAAUUGAAGAAGUGUGUUUAUUAAAAGCAGAAACUAAAAGUAUUAAUGAUCUGUUAAAUAAAGAAAUAGAAAAGAAUAAAAUAAACUAGAUUCAUAUUGAGUAAAAAAUAUUUAUAUGUAUAGAUAAUUAAAAAACGAACCAUUAUUACAAAAUGAAGAUACAAAAUUUGAAAACUUAAAUAACUACAAAAAUAAAGAAGAACAACUUUAUUCAUUAGAGUAGAAAAUCUUAAGAAAUUGUGAGAAAAUGAAAAUGGAUAAACAGAGAGAAUUAGAUGUUGAAUUUCAUAAAUUUCUAGAUAAACUAGAGAAUAAAUUUAAUCAAGAAAAACAAAAAUAUUUUGAAAAAUAUUAGUUAGAAAAAAAAAAUUUAUAAGAUGAAAUUGAAAAAUUAUAUUAAGAAAUAAAAUAAUAUAGAAGGGAGAUAGUGAUAUUAGAGAAUGAAUUAGAUAAAUAAUAAAUGGAAGGAAAACAUUCUUAAAAAUUUAAUGAAUCUAAAAUUUUGGACUAGAGGUUAGAGAUUUAUAAUAAUUUUGAAAAAGAAGUGCCUACUUUAAAGAAAAAUUAAGAUAAUUUGGAAUAAAAAAAUUUGGAAUUAAAAAAUUAGGAAUAAAGUAGGAAAAAUAGAUUAAAUGGUUUAAUGGAAAUAAGAGAUUAAUAAUAAUUUAGAUAGUAGUAAGAAAAUGAAUAAAAAAAGAAUACAAUAAAAUGUAAUUUAAAUAAUCAUAUUAAUAGAAAUGUUCAGGCAUAUAAAAAAAUCUCAUGGAUUCAUUGAAAUAUGUUUUUUAUUAGAUAUUACAGGAUCAAUGGAUCCAUACAAAUAAUAGGCUAAAAAAUGCAUUUAAGAGAGCAUUAAAUAAAUUAAAAUGUUUACUUAAAAAGAGGCUAAAUGGAGUGUGAUAGGAUAUCAAGAUUUUGAAGAAUACAAAUAAUUGGGAUCAUAAUAUCGAUAAUUAAAAUUUACUUAAGAUUCAGGUCUUGUAGAAGAAUUUUUAGACUCAUUAAUCUGCACAGGGGGAGGAGAUGCGGCUGAAGAUUUAAGAGGUGGUAUGAAAUAAAUGGUUAAAAAUCUUGAAUGGGAAAAAGAAUUUAGAUUGGCAAUUGUAAUUUGUGAUUCACCUACUCAUGGAAAAAGAUAUAAUGGGGGUGUAAGUGAUCGCUAUCCUAAUGAAGAUAUAGAGGAUGCCAUAUUAGGANUUAAUAUUCAUCCUUAAUUAAUAAAGAAUAAUAUUUAUUUAAAUAUCUAUGUAAAAUGAAGGUUAUUCUACAAAUUUAGAAAAAACAAUAACCAUUUUAUAGAACGAUAAGAAAUAUUUGUAAAAUGAAAAUGAAAAGUUGAAGUAAAUAUUAAAUGAAAUUUAGAAUCUAAUUAGAAGAGUCAAUUGAAGAAGUGUGUUUAUUAAAAGCAGAAACUAAAAGUAUUAAUGAUCUGUUAAAUAAAGAAAUAGAAAAGAAUAAAAUAAACUAGAUUCAUAUUGAGUAAAAAAUAUUUAUAUGUAUAGAUAAUUAAAAAACGAACCAUUAUUACAAAAUGAAGAUACAAAAUUUGAAAACUUAAAUAACUACAAAAAUAAAGAAGAACAACUUUAUUCAUUAGAGUAGAAAAUCUUAAGAAAUUGUGAGAAAAUGAAAAUGGAUAAACAGAGAGAAUUAGAUGUUGAAUUUCAUAAAUUUCUAGAUAAACUAGAGAAUAAAUUUAAUCAAGAAAAACAAAAAUAUUUUGAAAAAUAUUAGUUAGAAAAAAAAAAUUUAUAAGAUGAAAUUGAAAAAUUAUAUUAAGAAAUAAAAUAAUAUAGAAGGGAGAUAGUGAUAUUAGAGAAUGAAUUAGAUAAAUAAUAAAUGGAAGGAAAACAUUCUUAAAAAUUUAAUGAAUCUAAAAUUUUGGACUAGAGGUUAGAGAUUUAUAAUAAUUUUGAAAAAGAAGUGCCUACUUUAAAGAAAAAUUAAGAUAAUUUGGAAUAAAAAAAUUUGGAAUUAAAAAAUUAGGAAUAAAGUAGGAAAAAUAGAUUAAAUGGUUUAAUGGAAAUAAGAGAUUAAUAAUAAUUUAGAUAGUAGUAAGAAAAUGAAUAAAAAAAGAAUACAAUAAAAUGUAAUUUAAAUAAUCAUAUUAAUAGAAAUGUUCAGGCAUAUAAAAAAAUCUCAUGGAUUCAUUGAAAUAUGUUUUUUAUUAGAUAUUACAGGAUCAAUGGAUCCAUACAAAUAAUAGGCUAAAAAAUGCAUUUAAGAGAGCAUUAAAUAAAUUAAAAUGUUUACUUAAAAAGAGGCUAAAUGGAGUGUGAUAGGAUAUCAAGAUUUUGAAGAAUACAAAUAAUUGGGAUCAUAAUAUCGAUAAUUAAAAUUUACUUAAGAUUCAGGUCUUGUAGAAGAAUUUUUAGACUCAUUAAUCUGCACAGGGGGAGGAGAUGCGGCUGAAGAUUUAAGAGGUGGUAUGAAAUAAAUGGUUAAAAAUCUUGAAUGGGAAAAAGAAUUUAGAUUGGCAAUUGUAAUUUGUGAUUCACCUACUCAUGGAAAAAGAUAUAAUGGGGGUGUAAGUGAUCGCUAUCCUAAUGAAGAUAUAGAGGAUGCCAUAUUAGGAUUAAUUGAUAAAAACAUAUUUUUAAUGGCUAUUAAAUUUAAUUCAUAUACUGAAGUUAUGUAUAAUGAAAUUAAGAAAGUAUAAACUAUUAAUAAUAUAGAUUUAUUUAGCUUAAGGUAAACCUGAAUUAUUACUGGUUGAGGAUGCUCAAAAUAUUGGUAUAUCAAAUCUAUCAAAUUUAUUUGUCAAUAUAAUUUCAAAUGCAACUGUAACCAUAACUUAAAUGAAUAAUACAGCCUCAAAGAUAAAUAAUAAGAAAACAUUUCAAAAGAUUGAAAUCAUAAGUGCCAUGGAAAAUCUAUGUAAGAAAAACACAGAUCCUGUUAAUUUUGACUAAGAUCCUGAGAUUGAAGUUAUUGAAACUCAAUUCGAAGUUUUUAAAGUAGAGCUAUCUGAUCAAUUUUUGGAAAACCAUAUAUAAAAUAUCAAAGCCUUUAAAACAGAAAAUUGCUUUAAACCCAUAAAAGAACCUGGUUUAUGGGAUUGCAAAAGAACAGUACAUCCAUUUGCUUCAGGAUCACUUAAGCAGGUGUUUUUGAUGAAGAAAAAGGACACUCCUACUGAAUUAUAUGCAAUAAAAAUGCCAUUAGGAGAUAAAACUUAUUAAUCUAUUGAAGAUGCUGUUAAAGAUUGCAGAUCUCAUUUAAUUGCAAAAGGUCUUCUUGAAAAAUUUAUCAAAGAUUUGGAAAAAAAUUAAAAAAAAGAUACUAAACUUUAGAUAUUUAAUGUUCAAUAUACUAAUAUUUUAAUAUUAAAAGAUGUAAAAUAAAAAAGUAUGAAAUAUUGUUAUUUUAGAUUCUUUUUGGGUAGCUGAAAGAUAUUUUAGUGGAAAAUUUGUAAAAUAUAAUAAUAAUAGUGCUUUUAUAUUGGAUGAUUCUAAUUCACUUAAUCAUUUAAUGUAAGCAUUUUCAUUUUAUACUUUUUACAAAUCAAAUCUUAAUUACAUAAUUUGUGAUGUCUAAGGUAUUGGAUAAUAUAUGACUGAUCCUGCAAUUAAUACAAAAGAAGGUAGCUUUGAUGAAACUGAUAUUGGAGAAACAGGAAUCAAAAGUUAUUUGGGUUCAUAUUAAGGUAAGAGCCAUCUUGGUAGGGACUUUUUAAGAAAUCUCAAUAUUCCUGAUUUUGAAGAUAUUUGA